ACAAUAUAUUAAAAACGGGAACCUUGAGCAAGCAAUGGCAGUUGCCAUUGACGUUUGACCCGAGUCCACAAUCUCAAUCUCCUCAUGGGGUCAACCGGCCAGUCCAGAUGCUUGUCCGCCAGCCUAUGCAUGCUGGCUUAGAGGCAGGGAUGCCUCUAACCUUGGGUUUGCUCUGCUUACAUUUGAUGUAUUAUGGAGGCCAGCUGCCUGCUUAUGAUGAAAAACUACCAUGUGUCAAAGGUUCAUUAACCCUAACCAACAGGCUACUUGCCAACACAUUUCAUAGUUAGUUAUUGAACCAUAAUUCAUUAUUGCAGGAAAGCUUCUAUCAAAAGAAUCCUGGUUUUUAACAGAAGGUCGAA